AAUCGGAGAAAGUACACGACGUGAUCUGAUCCGUGUUACCGAGAAACAACUACAUCUACUCGGUUCCGAUUUAGUCGAGAGUUUCAACCUUUGGUCCGUGCCCAUGGACACCUUCUGCUGUCACGUGUCAGGCUCUCCUGCGGCACCCGCUGCACUGCAAUCGAUUUUUCCAAACGUGUUCACCGAUCAGCUCGGUUUGUGCAGCAAAACUAAAGUGAAGUUGGAGCUGAAAAAAAGUGUUCGACCCGUCUUCUGCCCUAAGCGCCCGGUUGCGUACGCGAUGUAUGAUGCCGUUGACCAGGAACUCGACCGACUGGAAAAUUUGAAUAUCAUCACCCCAGUCGAAUAUUCGGAGUGGGCUGCUCCGAUCGUUGUCGUCCGUAAAGCCAAUGGUUCCAUUCGAAUUUGUGGAGACUAUUCCACGGGGCUUAACGCUGCGCUCCAACCAAAUCAGUAUCCACUUCCCCUACCGGACGAUAUCUUCGCCAAGCUGACUAACUGUAAGGUGUUCAGCCAGAUCGAUUUGUCCGACGCUUUCUUGCAGGUGGAAGUCGACGAACAGUACCGUAAGUUGCUAACCAUCAAUACGCAUCGUGGCCUCUACUCCUACAACCGCCUCCCGCCAGGUGUGAAGAUCGCACCUGGUGCCUUCCAGCAGCUCAUCGAUACAAUGCUAGCCGGUCUGCAGUGCACGUGUGGCUACCUCGAUGACGUCAUCGUCGGCGGAAAAACUGAAGAAGACCACGAUCGCAAUUUGCGGGCUGUUCUAAAACGAAUUCAAGAUUUCGGGUUCACCAUUCGAGUCGAUAAAUGCACCUUCCGCAAGCAGCAAGUGCAGUAUGUGGGUCAUAUUGUCGACAGUCGCGGAUUACGUCCAGAUCCCGCCAAAAUCGAAGUGAUAUCCAAGCUGCCGCCUCCAACCGAUGUAUCUGGUGUGCGAUCAUUUUUGGGGGCUAUCAACUACUACGGCAAGUUUGUUCCCAAUAUGCGCAAGUUACGUUAUCCGCUGGACAACCUUCUCAAGGACGAUGCGAAGUUCCAGUGGACUGAUGAGUGCCAGAGAGCGUUCGAGCACUUCAAACAAAUACUCUCCUCGGAUCUACUUCUCACACAUUAUGAUCCGAAGCGGGAGAUCAUUGUCUCUGCCGACGCUUCUUCCGUUGGGCUCGGGGCAACGAUUAGCCACAAGUUCCCCGACGGCACAAUCAAAGUCGUCCAACAUGCUUCCAGAGCACUCACAAAAGCUGAACAAGGCUACAGCCAACCGGAUCGUGAAGGUUUAGCUAUCGUCUUCGCCGUCACGAAGUUUCACAAAAUGCUCUUCGGACGGCACUUUCGUUUGAAAACCGACCACCAGCCUUUGCUCCGUAUCUUUGGUUCUAAAAAGGGAAUACCGGUCUACACAGCCAACCGCCUCCAACGAUUUGCGCUCAAUCUACUGCUCUACGAUUUUGACAUCGAGUACGUGCCCACCCACAAGUUCGGCGACGCAGACUUACUCUCGAGGUUGAUCAACCAGCACGUCAAACCCGAUGAGGACUAUAUCAUCGCCAGCAUCAACCUGGAAGAGGACCUCAGGUCGGUAGUAUCUCAUACAGUUAAAGCUUUGCCUCUCAAUUUCAGAGCCGUCGCACAAAGCACCCAAGCAGAUCCACUGCUCCGAAAAGUCUACCAUCACAUUCAGCACGGUUGGCCGCAAUCUGAACAUUCAGAAUCCGACAUCCAGCGAUUCCAUGCCAGACAGGAAUCACUCUCCGUGGUAGAUGGGUGCAUCAUGUUUGCCGAACGGCUCGUCAUCCCGUCGCUCCAUCGCAAGCGAUGCCUCGAACAGCUCCAUUGUGGCCAUCCUGGUAUGCAGCGUAUGAAGGCCCUCGCUCGAAGCUACGUGUAUUGGCCCAGUUUGGAUGCUGACAUCGUCAACUUCGUCAAGGCAUGCCAACACUGUGCGGCCGUAGCCAGGUCACCUCCUCACUCUUCACCGGUGCCGUGGCCUAAGCAGACCGCUCCGUGGCAGCGCGUCCACGUGGAUUACGCCGGUCCAAUCGAAGGCGAAUAUUACCUGAUCGCCGUCGACUCCUUCUCCAAGUGGCCAGAAAUCAUUCAAACGUCCCGUAUAACCUCGGCGGCAACCAUCAGCAUUCUCGGUGGGUUGUUUGCUCGGUUGGGUAUGCCUGUUACACUAGUCAGCGACAACGGAACCCAAUUCACGAGCGCUGAAUUCGCAGAUUUCUGCGCCUCAAACGGCAUCGAACACCUCACAACUGCUCCGUUUCAUCCACAAUCAAAUGGCCAAGCUGAACGAUUUGUUGACACGUUCAAAAGGGCUGUUACAAAAAUUCGAGAGGGGAGAGGAUCGAUACAGCAAGCGUUAGACAUAUUCCUGUUAACGUACCGAAGUACACCCAACCGGGCACUGCCAGACCAAAAGUCGCCGUCCGAGGUCAUGUUUGGUCGCAAAAUACGCACCUGUCUCGAGCUACUACGUCCCCCAACGGUACGAACUCCAGUGGCACCGUCGGACGAUCACACAAAACCGAGGUUCUUCAGCCGGAACGAUUCGGUUUACGCUAAGCUUUAUGGCCGUAACGGUUGGAAGUGGGCUCCUGGAACAAUCAUCGAAAAAAUAGGAGACGUGAUGUAUAACGUAUGGGUCGAUGAUCGCCGAAUGCUGCGUUCCCAUAUCAACCAACUCCGGAGUCGCCUAGCUGUCGACUCGAUACCAAAGCAACCUGCCAAUCAAGCCACCUCUCGUCAGUAUUCGUUACCGCUCGACAUCCUGUUGGGUGCCUGGAAUCUACCAAAUCAAUCUUCUGGCACGCCAGCACCGUCCCUUGUUGCGAGCGGAUCUGAAUUAUCACCUGUCUCCAGUCCCGAGCAUACCUUGCUAGGUUCAGUGCCGGCGCUUGCGUCGUCUACACCACAGCAGGAAGUCUCGGCUUUCCCAUCAACGUCAUCGACAUCAACAACAUCAACAUCAACUGAAUUCGAAUCCGCCAUCGAAGUCGAAUCCGUGGUAAAUCUACCUAGACGUUCUUCACGAACCCGAAGACCGCCGAACAGGUUUGAUCCGUACCACCUUUAUUAAGAGGGGAGAUGUUGAGGACAACCCUAUCGCGGUGUAUUAAUUAGUACCCCGUUCAGCGCUAGGCUCUAACUCGGCAGCAUAGCUGUCAAUGUGUGAUGCCUGAUAAGCGCAUCAAUGAAAUGUUUUUGUGGUUGUCAGUUUCAGUUUGUUUACGUCCUGUAUAAAGUUGUACCGUGCUUUUAAUGUGUUCGAUAAAAUAUAGUUUGUUUUAAUUGUUAUCGUUCGCGUUUUAUUCCCCUGAUAUAGAGACGAUCCGUAAGCAAGUGUCGGGGACUUACACGGUACAAAAA